GUUAUCAGUCCAUGUCGUUCUCAGCAGGCCAGAACUAUUAUACUAACUGUUUUAAUUCAAAUAUAAAUGAAUGUUCGUCAAGUCCUUGUCAAAAUGGAGCUGGCUGCGUGGAUGGCCUUGGUAUGUAUAACUGUACUUGUACUCCUGGCUGGACCGGAAUAAACUGCAACAUAGAUACAAACGAGUGUGCCAGCAAUCCAUGUCAGAAUGGCGGUGCAUGUGUUGACGGAACAAAUCGUUUUGACUGCACGUGUGUACAGGGAUGGUCAGGCACUUUAUGCGAGCAAGCACCAUUACCAUGCACCUCUGCUCCAUGUCAGAACGGUGGGCAGUGCACAGACAGUGGUGGCUCAUUGCUCUGUUCUUGUUCACUCGGAUUCAGUGGUUUUUUCUGUGAAUCCACAUCUUCUCCAUGUGAUGAUAAUCCUUGCCGAAAUGGUGGAUUUUGCCAAGUAUCUGGAAAUUCCUACAUAUGCUCUUGUUCUGGAGAUUUUACUGGAGAUAACUGCGAGAUACCAGCUUCUCCAUGUGAUAAUAAUCCAUGCCAAAAUGGUGGAUUUUGCCAAGUAUCUGGAAAUUCCUACAUAUGCUCUUGUUCUGGAGAUUUUACUGGAGAUAACUGCGAGAUACCAGCUUCUCCAUGUGAUAAUAAUCCAUGCCGAAAUGGUGGAUUUUGCCAAGUAUCUGGAAAUUCCUACAUAUGCUUUUGUUCUGGAGAUUUUACUGGAGAUAACUGCGAGAUACCAGAGCAUUAUGCAUCAACCUACCUGAUAAUAGUAUACAUAGUCUUUGCCUUCGUCGUGAUGUGUACAUUACUUGUCUUCAUCUGCAGGUGGUAUUAUAAAAACCAUAAGAAAACGGAACAUACUACAAAUAUGAACAACAUUCAAACCAGUAGUGCUCCCAACCCACCUAGAGAAAUGUCAGUGGUGGCUAGUUCAGUGUGUAGUGCAGUUCCAACAGCAACGAAUACACCAGAUAACACAAGGUAUGAAAACAUUCCUCUGCCAACCAGUGGUGCCGCAAAACGAUCUAUGCCAUCACAAAGGAAUGAUCAUUCAGUUAAUGAUGAUGUUGGAGUUAUACCAACAACAUCAAAUGUACUAAGUGAUACAGGGUAUUAAAUUCCUCUGCAAGCCAGUGGUGUUGGUGGAGUUGCUC